GACGAGUACUUCUGAGUUUGGUUUUUUUUAUUUCGAAAUUUUGAUAUAUCCAGCUCAAAUCUUCUGCAAUUUCGUUGAAGUUCAUCAAAAUAUGGAAGACUAUGGUUAAGUUGUCUGGGAUUUUGCUGUACAGGGCCAAAUUUAGGAAAUCAAAUCCAAUCACAUCUCAGACGGCUCAUUUCAGAGCUCUCUCUGCACUACACUGCAUUGCACAGCACAUGGAGCCAGUGAAGAAUCUUCCAUAGAUCACAGACAUUCUCUUGAAAAUGACUGAAUUCUCAACCCCCAAGAUGAUGAUUGUUGGUGAAAAGUUUGAGUGGCCCUUGUGUUCUGUACAGAAUAAACGAAGCUUGCUUUAUUGAAUAGUCAGAACCGUUAUGCAUUAGUCCAAUAGUGCGGAAAAAGUUGUGGGGAACUGAAGAUAGGAGCCAGUAGUGAUAGGCGGUCUUCAUUGGAAUUCAUUGAUUUCUUGAUAUAUGGUCUCAAUUUGAGCCUUGCUUGGGAGGUGGGUUUCGGAAGAAGAGUGAGAGAUGGGAGCAGCAGGGGGAGAGGAACUUGUGCAAGGGCCGAGUGGACGUGUGGAGAAAAUUUUUGUUUCGAUUAGGCUGAGGCCAUUGAAUGAGAAGGAGAUUGCAAGGAAUGAUGUGUCGGAGUGGGAAUGCAUCAACGACAACACUAUCAUAUACAGGAAUAACCUUUCAGUUUCUGAGCGGUCCAUGUACCCAACUGCGUAUACAUUUGACAGAGUAUAUAGGAGUGAUUGUUCCACAAGGCAGGUAUACGAAGAAGCAGCCAAGGAAGUUGCACUUGUAGUUGUCAGUGGUAUAAAUGCAAGUAUUUUUGCAUAUGGACAAACAAGCAGCGGAAAGACAUAUACGAUGAGUGGAAUUACUGAGUACGCUGUAGCAGAUAUAUAUGACUACAUGGGGAAGCACAAUGAAAGAGACUUUCUUUUGAAGUUCUCUGCUUUGGAGAUUUACAAUGAAUCUGUCAGGGACCUCCUAAGCGCAGAUAGUACCCCGUUAAGACUUCUUGAUGAUCCAGAGAGAGGGACAACUGUUGAGAAACUCACAGAGGAAACUCUGAGGGACUGGAACCAUUUUAAAGAACUUCUCGCUGUCUGUGAAGCUCAAAGACAAAUUGGGGAGACAUUCCUGAAUGAAGCAAGCUCCAGAUCUCAUCAGAUUCUCAGACUGACAAUUGAAAGUUCAGCACGUGAGUUUCUUGGCAAUGACAAGUCAAGCUCCCUUGCGGCUACUGUGAAUUUUGUUGACCUUGCAGGAAGUGAGCGUGCAUCUCAGUCAUUAGCAGCUGGUACAAGGUUGAAAGAAGGUUGCCACAUAAAUCGCAGCUUGUUAACUCUGGGAACUGUUAUCCGUAAGCUCAGCAAGGGAAGAAAUGGACAUGUUCCUUUUAGAGAUUCGAAGCUAACCCGCAUACUGCAGUCCUCUUUAGGAGGCAAUGCUAGAACUGCCAUCAUCUGUACCAUGAGCCCUGCACGAAGUCAUGUUGAGCAAUCAAGAAACACUCUCUUGUUUGCAAGUUGUGCUAAAGAAGUGGCAACUAAUGCACAGGUCAAUGUAGUCAUGUCAGAUAAAGCAUUGGUAAAGCAUUUGCAGAGAGAAUUGGCUAGAUUGGAAAGUGGAAUGAGAAGUUCAGGACCAACUUCUGUUACAACUGACUCUGCUGCUUUGCUUAGAGAAAAGGACCUUCAGAUUGAAAAGCUGAAGAAAGAGCUAAAGGAGCAGACUCUGCAACUAGACCUUGCUCAAUCUCAGGUUAAGGAUCUCCUACGACUGGUUGGUGAUGAUAGACCUGCAAUAACACUGGCAGAUCAAGAUCAUCAUUACCCCAAAUUGCGAGUACGAACUUCAUGGGACUCUGAAAAUCAAAUAUCUGAGACACCUGCUUCGGCAGAUUCUCACUGCCUUGAUGUUGGUGUCAGAUCUUUUGAUGCAUCUGAAUAUUCAGAUGGACACAGUAGGACUAGUUCUGAUGAGAACUUAUUCCACCUUCCUGACUUAAAAGAGAAUUUUUUGCAAACCCAUACCUCCCCACGCUUGUCAGUUACUAUUCCUAAUUUUGUUGGAAUCGAUCAGUAUCAAGGGGCGACUGAAGAACAGACUGAUGAAAAAUCAGAGGAUCUUUGCAAGGAAGUUCGAUGCAUAGAGAUGGAAGAGCCAAUCACAAACAGAUACAGAGAGUCAAAUAUGUCAGAUUCUAGCCCAAACGGAUACAUAAACACAAAUAUGUUAGAUUCAAGCCCGAAGAGAUACUUAAAAUCAAAUAUGUUUGAUUCAAGCCUGAACAAAUACGUAAACUCAAAUACAUUGUCUCCUGUAGCAAACACAGCUACCUCAGGAGUGACAGUGGUUGAGAAUGGAGAUAAAGCAACUCAAGAGUUGGGGUCACCCCUGUUGAAGGAAGAUAAAGAGUUAAGUAGCUUUCUUCCAAAUUUUGUUGUUCCAUCCCCCGAAAAGCCUUCUCCAUGGUCAGUGGAAAAAGAUAUGCCUACCUUUAGAUGCUUGAGAUUAACUCGAAGUAGUAGUUGUAAAGAAAGUCUUAUGACUAGUUUGUCUUCGCCUUGGUUUGAUGAGGUAGAAAAGCACGUGAGCACACCACCAAUUGGGUUUGAGAAAGAAUUCAUUGGAAGACCUGAGGGUCUUCAGAUGAAGCUUUCUACCUUGAAGUAUGAAGCCAUUGGUGACAGGUUAUCAAGAAGUAAUUCUCAGACUUCGGCAGGGAGUGCUUCUGUGAACGAGCUUGAAGUGCAGGAUGCCAAAAGUCCAAGUGAUGAGAACAGUACCAGCAGAUGCACGUCGACUGCAGGAGCAAAUGAAAUGUCCGAUCUUCAGUGUGAGAAUCAACAUGCUGACCAUGUGGUACUGGAGAUAGAACCAAAGCCCAUAGCUUCCAAAAAGAACGUAAAAGAUGUUGGCUUGGACCCUAUGCAAGAUGAUACAACAAGUCCUUCAAAUUGGCCUUCAGAAUUCAAGAGGCACCAAAGGGAGAUUAUCGAACUUUGGCAUGCUUGCAACAUCUCAUUGGUUCACAGGACCUACUUCUUCCUGCUAUUUAAAGGUGAUCCAACAGAUUCUAUUUACAUGGAAGUAGAGCUCAGGCGGCUCUCCUUCCUCAAGGACAUUUUUUCUCGAGGUUCUCAAACUGUGGAAGAUGGUCAUACUCUGACACCCACUUCUAGCUUGAAGGCUCUACAACGCGAGAGGCAGAUGCUGAGUAAGCAAAUACAGAAGAGGCUCUCUAAACAAGAUAGACAGAACCUCUUCCUUAAGUGGGGUAUUGGUUUAAAUGCACAGCAUAGGAGGCUGCAAUUGGUGCACCGCUUGUGGAGUGACACAAAAGAUAUGAACCACAUCGCAGAGAGUGCCAGCGUUGUUGCAAAGCUUGUUGGUUCUGUUGAGCCAGGGCAGGCUUUCAAGGAGAUGUUUGGGCUCAACUUUACACCCCGGCGAUCGAGCCGGAAAUCUCAUAGUUGGAAACCCAAUGUCAAGCAUCUCCUGUAAGCUUGUUUCUGGAGCCCUAUACAGAAAAUUCGUGUGGAUAUGGAGUGAUUCUGACGGCUCCAUUUUAUAUAUAGUUGAUCAUGAGAGCUAGUUAUAACAAAUCUUCACCUUUAAUGUUUUCUGAUUCUGUCUGCAGUUGAAUGUAAGAAAGCUUGUAAAUUUGCUUAGAUUAGAAAUAUGUAUAACGGUACUGCUUAUGCUUUCCUCGUUUAUUGUAAAGUAGCCUCUCCCAUUUCUAAUAUCAAGCUGGAAACAUAUGGGAGAGUGUUUUA